ACCACUCGCUGACUUUGGAUGGGAGGAGGAGGGGGAGGAGGAGGGAGGGGGGGUUCAAUGAGGACUGUGGAAAAGGAGCGUGCCAUCAGAGGCAGAAGAGGGAUCUCUGUCUGUCUGUGUCCAUGUCUCUGCUCUGUUCCCGGCUUCAUUCCUGCAAAGACCACCGAUGUCCCGCCUGCUGUUCUACCUCUGGAAUUAAGUCGGCUGGAUUACCGCUCGGACUCUCAGCUCAUUAUUCCAUGCUGCCACAUUUAAAUGGGAGGCAAAGUUGGACCUCCGUGGACUGCACAAAUGGUGACAAACAGUUUGAUUCCUCUCGCGCUUUUAAGAGCUUCCUAGCAUUCAAAAUGACUUCACUUUUCUUCAGUAAAAGCGUUUUUAUAUGUCAAAUCAUUUGAGCUCCUUCCCUUUCGUGUUGUCUCGUCAAAGUAGGUUAGUUAUUUUACAAUAUUCAUUUUUUUGAACUUGGCUAUUGAAGUGUAUUUCAAUGUGCAAGAUGAGUGGGGAAGAGGGGUAGUAACAUGUCUCCGUUGUCACCUUUUUGAAAGUCCGGUCAUUCUAACCUUGGUCUUUCUGUUAUUUUUUCACACUGAAAAUGUGACUGUGGCACUUUUUCGUGUGCUCUGUUAGGGUCAUAUUUUUCUUUUUGGUCAGGGUGGAGGCUUUACAAUGGACUGCAGGUGAACUUGCCACUCAUCCAGUUCUUCACUCUCCAAGGAAACCCUCAAACUAAACUCUUCCCUGUUAACCCACUUAAACGCCCCGAUCUCCCCUGUGGGGGAUUCUCUAAACCGUCUGUCCUACUCUAGUUUUUGGAGGAAAGCUAACGCCAAACCAGCAAGGGGGAUACUGGGAACGAAGAUACCCCCCUCCCAAAAGGUGAGAGGGGGGGAAGAUGGCAGCUCUCGCCAGCUCUCUCAUUAGACAGAAACGGGCGGUCAAGGAGGACCCAACCAAACGACCGGUAGUCAACAAGCGCAAGCCCUGUCCUAAGAGCAACAAGUCCUUGUGCCAGAAACAGAUCCUGGUCCUGAUCUCCAAAGUACGACUAUGCGGGGGUCGAAAAGCUCGAAACGAGAAAAGACCAGAGCCACAGCUGAAAGGCAUUGUUACUCGGCUAUACAGCCAACAUGGAUACUACCUGCAGAUGCAGCCUGAUGGCACCAUGGACAGCACGAGGGAUGAAAGCAGCUCAUUUUCACAGUUCAACUUAAUACCAGUGGGACUGCGGAUUGUUGCAAUACAGGGGGCAAAGACAGGAUUAUACCUCGCCAUGAACAGUGAGGGAUACCUCUAUACCUCGGAGCACUUCACUCCGGAGUGUAAGUUCAAGGAGAGUGUGUUUGAGAACUACUACGUUACAUACUCCUCCAUGCUCUAUCGCCAGACCCAGUCUGGCCGCUCCUGGUAUAUCGGUAUCAACCGUGAUGGCCAGGUCAUGAAGGGCAACCGGGUAAAGAAGACCAAAGGAGCAGCACACUUCCUGCCUAAAGUGAUAGAGGUUGCGAUGUAUAAGGAGCCAUCGCUACACGAGCUUGCUGCUGCCGCCGAACCGGUGAGUCCUCCUCGGAAGACGGUGAAGAAGUCAGAUUCGCUGUCCCAGAAGAACGGACGGAAAGAAGCUCCCAAGGCUGAUGCGUCAUAGCACAGGAGACUGAGGGUGGGACAAAGAGCAGCAGAGACACUGGGAAUACAGUCGGCCAUUAUGCACUGCGGGUGGCUGAGGGGGACGGCCCUCACUGGCCACCACAUUCCUUCCAGAGGUGCACUAUGAGAUGCUGAGAGAUAGAGGGGUCAGAGGUCCAUCAGCAACCAAGACAGCCUGAGAGAGGAGUCCCCCCCCCCACCUGUCAGGAAGCCCAGGGCCUGAGCCAGAACUACGACCACCUCCCCCACUGUUUGUCUCUUUCUCUGUCCCCUCCUGUGACUUCCUGAUGUACAGUCUCCUUCGUUUCUCUGUCAUGCUCAAGCUUCUUUGUCCCACUGACAAUUUUAUCUUCCCUCACGACGGUCUGCUCUAUUGUACUGUAUAUUCACCACUCACGCAUUUUCCAGCGCUGACUCGGCAUCAUAAUCCUCACCCCUGGACCCCCCCCCCUCUUCAGCCCUAAAGUUGGUGACAGUGUGGCUCCGCCAGCUUUCCACCCACCAUCUGCCGUACAGCUAAGCUAAUCACAGAGGUCAACUAAAGCUCAAAGUGAGAUGAAACAGCUCACAGAGGAGAGAUAUCUGCAGGGAUCCUGGGUCAGGUCAGGUCAGCAAAAUGAGUGUGUGAGAAAGCUAUAGCUAUAUUUAAAGAGUUUAUGACAUUAAAGCUAAUAGCAAAUAGAAUCAUUUUUUUGUUUUUUUUGUUUGAUUAUAUUACAAAAUUAAAAUUCCUGACAGCCCGGAUGGAAAUGGACACGGAUACGGAAACUCUGUCCGUGUUGUUAUGAUUAAGAUGAUAACAACGCUCAAGACAUAAGAUCAAAACAACAGCAAGGCGCUGAUGAUGAUGACACAAAUCAGGAUUUCACAAUUCCAGAAGACAUGUAUGAUAGAAAAUGUAUGAAGCUCACAAGAGAGGCACUGCUUGAAUAAGUGUCACAUAAAACAAAAAAUAUUAUAUAUAUAAAAUACUGUUCUUCCUGGGAAGAUGAGCCAUAAAAUAGAACAUAUAAAGUUUUUACUCCAGAGUCUUAAACACCUGAGCAAUAUUGUACGAAGAAGCCAGAAGAUUAAUCUCAGUGUGUGUGUGUGUGUGUGUGUGUGUGAAUGAUUGAGAGUGUAAGCGUCACCCUCCUUCCAGCCCCUCUUCUCUACCAGGUGACUACUUAUUAUUGCUUUGUAAUAAUACUAAUACAAAAACGGCAUUUAACAACUGGGUCAUGUUUUAAAUCCACGGUGGAUCUGAACUCGGUCACCCGGAAAAAAGGGAGCCGUAGCGUAUACUUCACUCAGCAUCUGCUGUCAGCAUAAAGCCCGGUUUGAAGCCCAACAUCAAAGCCAGAGGAGCCUCUGAGCUGGAGCACUUGUUAUUCUGAGGGUGUCUGGCAGCUUAUCCACUCACUAGCUUUAUCAAAUCACCUUGGAAGAAUCGCCCCUUCAAAAAAAUGUUAUAUGAGUUGUCUGAGUGAAUGUUUUGGUGUGAUUGCAGUUUUUAACCCCAAUGCGUGUGCACGUCUUCUACAGUAUGGGUGCACUGUGUGCAAAUGAGAGCCAGUGCAGAGGAUAGAUACAGAAGAUAUGGCGGGUAACCUCUACCAUGUCCUUGAGAAGGGGCACGACAUUGUGUCUUUGAUUUCUGGGAAUCUGUGACACCUGGGGGAACAUCUGUCCUGCGUACCAUUUCCACUGACUUUAGAGAAAUGUAUAAAUUCUAACACAGCGGGGGGCGGAGGAUCUCUGGGCAACCCAAUGAGAUCCAAAACCCACGUAAGGUACUUCAUUGAUCUAAUACUUUCAUAAAUUUCAAUUAACUAACGUUUUUGGUUUGCACUGGGUCUCUCAAUCAGAUGCAAUUCUAGAAAAACAUGCAAUGACCUGAUAGAAGCUGAGGCUUCUAAAUGGGAGCUGUCAGGGUCUCGGCUUGUAACGUUGACGCUGGCUGCUGUUGUGGUUGCUCCCUGCACUGGUCAUCCACCGAGGGUACAAGAAAUGUCACCGCAAUGUUCAGUCAAGCGUGAAUUUGCAUGCAUACCACGACCAAACACAGACAGCAGCGAGUCCCUUGUUAUGUCAGGAAGAGCAAUGCCGUGGAGAUGUGGAGGGCAAAAUGUAAAACUGCUCAUUAUAUGGUCGCUAACAAUCACAGAUAAUCUCUUGGAGGUUCAAAGCAUUGGGAUGUGCUCCACUUUUAAUGGCAACAUAAUGUGAAGAGGAGGGUACAGAAUGUGAAACGGAGGCUCUACGAAUGUGCUGUACUGAGGGCGAGAGCAAGUCGGAAAACAGUGUGUUGAAUUGUAAAGAGGUCGGCGCAUGGAGGCAGUUAUUUAGAAAGAGUGAAGGAUUAGCAGGUGUAUUCUUGAGGAAUGUCGAUAAGGAAUUUCUGCGGUGAAGUAAAGCCAGAUUCUUGGCAGGGUUUUAUGCGGCAUGUGGAUGUGAUAAUUAAUGUAAGACAAAGAGGCAUGUAAGGCACUGUGAGUUAUUUAUGAUAGGGGGUCUAUGGAGGAAAUGAGUUGGAGAGCUUUGCAUUUUUUCAUUAAGUCUUUAAUUUUCUGGGCUUUUCCAGGAGGAAUAUCGUUCAGUACAAAUUUGGAUAUUUUGUCCUUGUAGCAGAUUUUGCAUUGUAGACCUACAAAUCUCUAUUUUUGACAAGCCGGCGCUACCCUCUCCCCGGUGAAUUUGGUACAGCCUAGAAUGAUUUCCAACGGUGCAUUGCUAACCACUGUACGAUAUCAAAGUGUGUGCACAGCAUGCAGCAUACAAUGCUGAAGGCUUAUUUUAGCCAUCACUACUCAUACAGUUUUCAAUGUUUGCGUAUUCCAUCUGGGAGCUUCUUCAUGCCAGAUCACAUUUCAAAGUUGAGCAUAAGUCCGCUCUAUAAAAAGAAAGUAUUUGGAGGCGCAAAGCAGUGAGUGAGUGACAGCAAGGAAAUAUUGCACUUUUUUCCCCUCUUGGUUUACAUAGUAGAGCUGCAUCUUAUAUUUACUUCCAUUAUCAAUUCAUCUGCUUAUCAUUUUUCUUAGUUAAUCGUUUUGUCUAAUAAAUGUAACAAGAAUUGCCCGUUAUAGUCCCUAGAUUGACGUCAUUUGUUGCAACAUUUGUGCUUGAAAAAUGACAAUUAAUCUAUUUUCAUUAACUUAUAGACUAAUUGUUGCUGCUCUACUUUACAUUAAAGAGGAUAGAGAGUAAUUGAACUAAUGGACUUAACACUCACCAUGAUUUAAUUCUCACUUUAUCAUGUUAAACAUCAGAGGGAUCCAAAUCCUCCAUAGGUUUCUGUCCCAAAAUGCGACCAGUCCUUACUAUCCUAAUACUGAAGAAUGCCACAGUAAGUUGUGCGAUGGUGAAACUGCAGGUGGACAGACAGGAACAGAGAAUGUUAAGUAGUCCGAUGUUGAAUGUUAAGUAAAGAACGAAGUAGAAUGUAGGACAGGAAGAUCUCAAGAGAACAGGACGUUUUUUACGAUGAAUGUGAAGCAAAGGAUGUCGGGAGGUUUGGAGAAGUUAGUGCGGCGGCGGGAACAGAAAGUAGAACUUUAAUGCAGCCGUUAAGUGAAACCAGCUCUGCUCUUGAAUGUAAAAGUUAUGGGAUAAAUUGUUCAUGUGAGGUAGACAGAAAAGGCUAGCUCGAUGUUAUGUAAGAUGUCAGAAAGGAUUAUGUGAAUAUGCGUUUACCUUGAAAAGCCAACGGCGAGGUGUCGACAUGGAAAAUAGAAAACACAAAUGUGGUUUAUGUGCCCACGCAUGAGAGAUUUAAAGUGGUAAUGCCUUUCCUACACGGCUCUCUUUAACCACAGCCUACAGAAUCUACAGCCCAUUCACUUUCUUUUCAACAUUGUCUGUGUAGGUGUAUAUACUAACAGUGUGCCUGUAAAGUCUGUGUGUCUCUGUGUGUGUGUGUGUGUGUGUGUGUGUGUGUGUGUGUGUGUGUGUGUCUGUGCGUGUGCAUCUAUGAUUAAGAGUAAGAUAAGACAAGACAAAUAGGCAAGGAGGAAAGGAAAGGGCAGGAGAUUGAAACAAUGAUCGAUAGACUCAAUAAAACACAAACGAGAGAACAGCCACCCUGCGAUGGGUGCAGAAAAAAAUUCCCCAAGGUCUGCCAGAGACAGCAAAAUCCAUUUGCUCAUAAUGAACUCAGAGGGCUGCUGUUUGAUUUCCUAACUGUGAACUCAACAAAGAAUGCAGUUGGGCGACAACGGAAGGGUUUUUUUCUACACUGACAGAGACAGUGUCCUCUUGUUUGAAACAGUGUGAGAAUCAGCAGCCAUGCUAUCCUCUGACACACGUAUCUGCUAAAGGUAGUAGUCAAGGCAGUAGUCUUUGGAGAGCGUGAGGAACAUUGCACCUUACAAGCAACGCUUUGAUUGGAGCGUUUAAAAGUUAGAAGAUUCGUAAGAGAUCACAACAAAGAAACAGGGAACUCCCCCCCUAAUAACAGUUAGUGGGAAUAACAGGCAAUAAUGGAUAUUAAACUGCAGCUAAGUCAUCAUCACCCAUGUUUAUGUUUGAGCAGUGCAGCAGAGAUUUAAAGCUUUUAUUGCACUGUGCAACAGCUACCAACAUCCACGGACAUUUUUGGGAACAAUCCUUGCUAGCAUUUGAUCUGAAGUGUAUUACAAAGAGCCGAAAAGGCGCUUUGAAUCACACUGAAUACAGUAUCGCAAUACCAUGCUCCGUUGUAGCAUAAAUGAAUGUGUGCAACACGAGACCAUUCCGAGCCAUGUAUCUUUUAAUUUAUCAAGCGCAUGGUUUUAUUAUUGUCUUUCUUGUUUUUUUUUUAACUAAAGAGGCAAGAAUUUAGAAAACUUCAAAUGAUGCUCUGGUCCUUUUGUGAAUGACCCGAAGCUAUUCUCAUAAAGAUCCAACUUAAAAAACAGACUCUUUGUAAUCACACAGAAGCUCGUCACUGUCCAAAAUCACAGUUCAUUCCAACAUUAUAUUCUAAUAUUGUGUUCAAUCAGUUAUUUGCAGUCGGGUACAUCGUCCCAAAUACUGCUGCUGACGUGCUCUAACCAUAUUGCAUACUGAGAUAUUCACCAUGCAAAUUGUCCUAUUGUAGAGAGAAUCUGUGUGUAAGUGGAAGCACUUGGUUGCUAAAAGGUGACGCUGUUAAUGAGGGGCACAAAGAAACACUGUGUGGUUUGUAGGCAUACUUUCUGAACAUCAAUCCAAUCACACUCAAAGCUGCUUUACUGUGCUGAGAUACAACACUAACAUUUUCAUACAAUUUAUAAUGAGGUCCUGUUGUUUACAUCAGGCCGUGAUGUGAUAACUAGUAUAAUGGAUUCCUGAUGUGGUUACAAUGCCUUGUUAUGCUUUAUGUGCAACACUUCCAAAUGCGACAGCUGCUGACACUUGAUUGGUGCUCUCCUAUUGAACGGUUUUAUUUAUUAAAACGAAAAUGUCACUGCUAGUUACUGAUGGUACUCAACAGUAUUCCGUACCGUUUAACAUUACAUUUGAUGAACAGAAUUCUGCUUAGCAAUAGGAAAUACUGUUUGUUUUUUCUUCGGCAAAAACCUUGAAAAACCUAAGUGGGAUUAGAAAUUAUGGAUAUUAUCUUUUUUCUGCAAAUGAAUAACCAAAACCCCAUAAAAAAAAAGAAAAGAUAAAUCAGUCCUCAAAUUAGAGUACAGAAUGGAUGUGUGCCGUGCUCACAGUUCAGAAGUAUUAAAUAUUGAAAGCAUGAUACUCACCUAAUUAAAUAAGAUCUUGAUCUCUAUACAAUGUAGCAGCAUGCUUCCAGACAACACAACCUAAAUGUACUGCCAGUUUACAUGUAUGUUAUGUCAAUAAUACAAUUAGUAUUUAUCUGAUGUACUAUGUCAGUGCUAUUCUUUUCAGAAAUGUAUUGAAAUAAUCUGUGUUUAUGAUUUUUCUUUACUAUCUUUCAGUUGUUGCUACCUUGUCAUGUUUCCUUUUUUAAUGCAGACUCCUCAGAAGGAGUAAGAAUUAUUGUUGCUGUCCAAAUGUCCCUCCAUAUGUGGUGUGUUUUUGUCUUCGGUCGGCACUGUUUUAACCGCCCCAACGAGUGAACUGAACCCAAACUGAAUCCCACUGUGCGACUGAGUUGUGUGUUUGUGAAAGAUGCAAUGUAUUCAAGUGAAAACAGCAGGAUUACAACCUUAAGCCAAUAUGAGUCCUGUCCUACACAGCAAUGACCCUGGUGGUCUCAGAGUUACGGUCACGCAAGUCUUCCAGGAAGUUCCCUCAAACCUCUCUCUCCUACUCCUAUGGACUCUUGUUUUAACUCAGAUCUUCUUGUCUUCCAUAUAAAAAAAAGAAGAAGAAAAAGAACAACAGAAAAAAAAAGCCAUAAAUAAAAAUGGGCCUUGGCACAGAUUAGCCACAGAGAGAAGGCCUGAAUCCUCAGGCACUUCCCGAGUGUCACCAGGGAUUUAGACACAUGUUGGACUCCUUACAAUAAGAGCCAAAGCAAGGGGCUAGGCAACGUACUGGCUUUUUUGACCACUUCGGGAAGCAGCAAACGGGAAUAAAGACCAGCAAUAUGCAAUGAGAACUACCAGCCUGCACUCAAGGAAGGGAAACUAAUUCAACAGGCUAACAAACUACAAUCAGGAUUUGCAGGCUACAAAUAACUGCUAAUUGUCUCGACUGACAAAGGGAAUCUUUUUUUGCAAAGCAUGCACACGUCACUGUUCUUCGGCUCAUCGGGGAUGACUCCCUCUCGGUAUCUACAGACACAAGCCCUCGAUUCACCCUCUCUCCGUGUUUGCCAUCAGACCUGUGUACAUUUCUACAAUAACUCCUACAUGAAUUGAAAGGAGAUGUCUUAUUCUUGAAUAUUAUUCAAUAAAAUAACAAUAUAUUUGUA